AUGAAACGCAAGGAACGAAAAAAACCGAGAAAUACGUCGAUACAAUCAAAACAACUAGGAGCUCGUGGUGUCUCUAUAGACAUGGAAACAUCCUGGGCGGCACAAGAGCUGACAUCCAUCGAUUCCAAUUUGAAUAACAUGGCUCGCUUUCAGCAGAAGCAGCUACAGGAGAAGGAGCAGAAGCUGCUGCAGCUUUACGACCAACAACAGCAACGAGCUUAUCAGGUGGUGCAACGAGGCAGCGCUGGUUCAAACGGCUCGAAUCAUGCCGCCUCUAUCAGCCAGCACACCGUCACAAGGACCUCGAGCAGCAGCCACACAACCUCGACCUCGCAGGGUGGAAAGGUGAGGCAGAUGUUCGACGAGAGACGGCAGACAACCGUGAAGGGCAUCGACAGAAGUUACCCACUGGAGCCACUGGAGAACAAACUGCGGAAGCAACCGAACGGAAACGGCGUGCAGAAGAACGGAAAUUUGACGGUGAAUCGACAGUCCGUGACUGUGAAGCGGGUGGCCCGAGCUGACGUGAACAGCAAUUUGAACGGCGGCAAACCAGUCGUCUCGUAUCACGAAGAAAUCACUCGAGAAUCGUUCGGUCCGUCUGCAAGCCAGCAGCAGGACGACGAGGAGUUCGGGAAUGAGAACCACGACGCGCAAUAUGCGAACGGGAACCAUCGAGGCGAGACACGUAUCGCGGAAGUUUUGGACGAGGACACAAUGGAAAGGAAUCGUAUGAUGGCGAAACUUCAUCUGAUGGAAUACGACGAGUCGCUGAAGAACCGUGUUAGAAACGAUCUCGAGAGUGAGCAAUUCCCGGAGGACUUCUUAGUAGAUGUUCCUGACAAGCUUCCAAAGCAAAAUGUUACCAAGAAGUUAUCUCAAGCGGAGGCCAGAUUGGAACGUUUUAAAAAUGCCAACGCGAGGCGUAGCAACAACAUUGCGAAGAACUCGACCACAGUUUCAAAGAAACGAUCUGACCCGAUGUUUCCGUCAAAGUCUUCCUCCAGCAAGGAUCGAGCGAUUAAGGCCAGGACCCGAGAAGUUUCGCGGAGAAGAUCGAGCAACAGAAACGAGAGUCCUGGAGACGGUAAAUUGAAGACUGUGACCUCUGGGCAGGUGGAGGAAACGAUAUCGUUGUCGGAUUCUGAGAGAAAUACGAGAGAAGAAGAUGCUCCGCGGUUCUUUUGUAGAGAGUCUGAAAAAUCUGCAACAACGUACGAUAUUGACUCGAGAAGUGCAAAAGAAUUAGCCUGGAAGUCUUCGAAAAGUGUGAAAGGACGAAGCGAAAGUCCAAAGUUUCUUUCAAAGGAGUCUGAAAAAUCUGCAACUUAUGCGAUCGAUUCGAAACCUGUAACGAAAUUGUCGUUCGAGUCGUUGCGAGAGAGUCCUAAAUUCUUUUGCAAGGAAUCGGAGAAAUCUGCUACAACGUACGAUAUUGAUUCGAAGAAUGCAAAAGAAUUAGCCUGGAAGUCUUCGAAAGGUGUGAAAGGACGAAGCGAAAGUCCAAAAGAAUCUGAAAACUCGAAGUCUCCGAGAAAAUUAUCUCGAGAACCGUCCAAAGACAGGAUAAGAAGAAGCGACAAUCUUAAGUUCUUUUGCAAAGAGACGGAAAUGUCAGCCACGACUUACGCGGCAAAUUCAAAAAUCACGAAGAGAUCGUCGCCCGAACUGUCGAAAGAAAGAAAACCGCGAAGUGAAAGUCCUAAGUUACUUAGUAAAACAACUAAAAAAGCAACUAAAGAAUCGUCUGAAUUUUUAAAAAAUAGGAAACCGAGCAGCGAUAGUCCAAAAUUCUUCUUCAGAGAAUCCGAAAAAUCAGUAGACUCGAAAACUCACGCAACGCUACCUGAUUUUGCGAAAAACACAAAGAGUACUGCAGCGAAAGUGGAAUCUACACAUCGAAGAAAUAUAGCUAACAACGAUAAGAUAAAAGGAUCUAUGGGUAUCGAUACUGUAGACGAACACAUUAAAUCAUCCAAAACUGGAACGAUCAGCAGAUCUCCUUCUCCAGAAAGUCUGACGAAUAACCCAGUAAAUUAUCCAAAAUUUGACAGUGAGAAACAAUCGAAAUCUAUCUCCAACAAAUCGUGCAACGUUUUCGAUCGCCUUUCGAGAGAACGCAGUUCGAGUCCUCGAUUUUUCCAUCGCGAGGAUAAGAAACCAACCACGAAAACGACUGUCGUCGUCAAAGGCAACGAAUUCACCUCGAGACAAUCAAUUCUCAGCAAAGAAACUCUGAAAGAACGCAGUAGAAGCCCAAGAGUGUCUUCUCCCGAAGACGAUAUUCUAAUUCCUCGAACUACCGAAUCAGAAUCGCCGGAUUUCACGGGAAAGGCGUUCAAAAAAUCCAAAACUAGUUCACAAUUUUUCACUUCGAACUCCGAGAAGUCCGCGACCAUCAUGAUAGUGAAACCGGAGACAAUAACGAAGUCGAGAAGAAAAUCCCCAGGUUCCACGGAGAAGGAGCAAAUUUCUAAAGCGUGUGUCUCGAAAUCUAGCAAAAAUACACGUGCAGAGGCAAAAAUGCCCGAAGUAAGCAACGUCGAAAAUACGAAACACUUUAUACGGAGCUCCGUAUCGCGAUUCUUCUCCGAGCAGAGCAAGAGAGCUUUAAGAAACGCGAAGGACGAUGCGAGAGACAACGUUCAAUCAACGGGAACCGAUAAGAACUCUCAUUUGUCCGGUGGCUCGUCACCGUUGUCGCUGAGAUACACGAGAACGCCGAGUCCAACGAGGUCAGAAUUUCAUCGGGGGAAAACUGGGAAACCUGGCGGAAGGAGUAUCGAUGGAAGUCGUGACUCGUCGCCUAGAUCGGGGAAAAUCGUCCACAGCGGAGAAGCGACUCCGGAGUUCUUCUGCUACGAGACGGAAAGAUCCGCCACGACUGUGAGCGUCGAACCGAGAGCCACCAAAGACAUCGGCAAACGAGCCAAAAGUCCAGAAACUGCUGUAAAACCGAGAAGUCCUGUAAACGAUCCGAAAAGUAGAUCAUCGAAGAGUACCGACAGCACGAAAGACGCCGAAUCGCCGGAUCGCAGAGGAUCCGUGAAUAUCCUACGUUCGACGAAAUUAAUUCGCGAGGCGAUGAAACGUCAGAACGAGAAAAAUCGGGGCAAUUGUGCUUCGGACAGGCGCGUGAAAAGUUUGCAGAAUUCUCCCGGCGGAUAUGGAGACACGGGCGGAAUAUCAAACGGAUCGAAACAGAGAGGAGCGAGGGAUAAGGUGGUGGAGGAUGUUGAGGCGGAUAGAAAAGUUGACAAAAGAGCUGGGACACCGAGUGCUCGUGAACUUCCCGUUGCGGAAUCGAGUCCUAAAAGUUGCACGUCCGCGGAGGUGGACGCGGAGAUUCAAGAAAUCACGGUGCCCGAUCAAUACGUGAAACAAGAGCAACUUUGGGGUACUUACUCGAGAUCGGGCAACAAAACUGGUAGGGUAUCGAGGGUCGAGAGGCAGUUCACGUAUUCCAUGAGCAAACCGACGAAAAAGAGGGGAUCCCUGUUCGGAGCGGACGUUUUCGAGCCAUCGAGGAGAGAUCGAAUGGAUCGUCGUGAUUCCAGCGAGGAAAGGAGGAUCAGCUUAAGACGUACAACGGGAAAUGCGUCGAAUAGUAGUCCUUCUCCGACGAACGAGUCUGUUGUUCGGGAGUUGAAACGUCGAACGGGCAAAGACGAAAUUUCGCGAUCUGAGGAACGAACAUCGAGUCCAGCUCGGUUAAAGGGGAAACGGACGAAGGAAACGACUAAAGAGAAAUAUGAUAAUUCGAAGCGUGGUAGUAGCAGUGGUUCCCCAACGAACGAAUCGAUCGUUCAGAAACGUCGAGCGGAGGAAAAUUUGGUAAACGGAAGAAGCGCUCGAGAGCAAACACCGGCAAGUCUAAUACAGGGGAAACAGAGGAGGAUGAACGUUAAGGGAAGGACACGGUCGCCUCAGGCGACGAAACAAGCGAGAAUUCUGCGAUCGAUGGAGCUCGUUCGUCAGGCUAUAAAAGGGUCAAAUUUCGAGGAAGGCGGAGUAUCUGUUAAAAAAGGCCAGAUUGAAGUCGCGAGAAGCGAUUCUACUGCGUCGACGACGAUCGAGGUCCUAGAAUCGAGUCUCGUUUCUACGAAAGACCGAGCAUCGCCUGGCAAGAAUUACGAAAGAACGGACUCUGUAGAGUCGGCGCUGAGGCGUUUCGACUCGAUCGGCACGGAAGCCGAUUCGGAAUCGGCUCGAAGCACCCUGGAACGAAGGAGAGAAUCGACGGGGAAGAAAAGACAAACGGAAUUGGGUGAAACGGAGGGAUCGAGGGAUGUUUCGAAGACGAUUUCUCUGAAAGUACUCGACCGACCGGAUGUAAAUCUUCCUAGACGUUCUCGGUGCAGACUGUCGAGAACUGCUUGGAGCAAAGCUUCGACUGUAUCCAUAGAGCCGUGUUACAAAAGGGGGAAGAGUGGUAGAACGCAAGAAACGCAGGGUCCGAAAAAAUGUAGGAAAAGCAAGGACUCGAUGGAGAUCUCCGGAGUCGCCGAAACAUCGAAAUCGCCCGCAUGCAAGCGGAAGCUUUUCCAGGAUGACGAUUCCGGGGAGGAAACGGAGAGUGGAAGCUGGAAAUCGAAGAACAGCUUGAAUUCCAUGAGAGCCAUGGAACGUCUUUCGUCGAAGUCCAAUAAAAACCAGACGGUGGAGCUAGUGGAAAGCACGUCGAGACGGUACGAAUUCGCUACCGAGAACGAAACGUCUAUGGCGGUAGGAAUGAACAAAGAGGGAACGGAUAAAACGUCAACAGGUGCAGAUCGUUUUCUCUCUGUGAAGCAGCUGAGAUCGAUCGAGGAUAUUCGUAAGUCUAUCGAGGGUGAAAGUUCGGAUGGCGAAGCGAGGGGAAUGUCGAGGAAGUCGGCGAUCGCAAACAGCGCGGGGAGACGUUCGAGCGGAGUUGAAGCAGCGGGACGAUCGGAGCCCCGUCGAAUAAAUAUCGAUGAUCGUGGUGAAAAUAGAAAAGUGAUAUCCUUGCCGGCUCGGUCGGGGAACAACGAUGCUUUAGGGAAUGCGGAUCGUUCGUCUGUAAAGUGUUCGAUGCGUUUCUCCAGGGUUGCGAAAAGUCCGAGUCCGGAGACAAUGAAGCCGACGGAAACGGGCAGCCGUAGGAGAAGGAGCGUUCAAACGUCGCUAUCGAAAAGUCCGGAUACAGUGGCCAGGCGUCCGUCCGUCGAGUUGAAAGCUCAAGACGCGAAAUCGACGAAACGGCCAACGCCUAUGAAAGGCACAGAGCCAAUUGGAAACAGGAAGACGACGGGAACGACGAGCACGGGUACGAGAAAAUCGACGGAUGUCGUCGAUGGCGUUAUUCUCGAGAACGGUCUGCAUUUACGGGACCAAACUGCCGAAACGAUAUACGAUAACGACUCGCCCACGACGAAGAAGAGCGACGCUUUUGUCAUCGACUUCGACGAGCAACCGCCGAAGGAAAACGAUGCGCCACUUCUACGGAAGCCACUCUUACGCAAACAAUCCACCGAAAAACAGAUACCUUCCACGCCAUCCGCUCGACCUCCUUCGUCAGUUUCGUCCAUCUCCAGCGGUAGUUCGAUGCAGGGUCAGGUUUCCGGUUCCAGAGGCAGAAUGGCUUCCAAAGCGAAGACGUCAAAUUCCGCUUCAAUAACGUCUAAAGGAUCAGCUUCCAGUAGAAGCGGGGGAUGUGCGGCCGCCGCCGACAGUCUAGUUGCUUGCAAAGUAUGCGGCCGCCGUUUCGCUCAGGAUCGAAUAACGCUUCAUGAACAAAUUUGCACGAAGACGGGACAAAAGAAGAGGAAACAAUUCGAUACGAUGAUGUUCCGCGUAAAAGGUACCGAUCUUGAGCCGUUCGUUAAGAAGGGAUUCGCCAAGAAACAAGCGGAGAAAUCGAAGAAACCGGAAGUGAAGUCAAACUGGCGGCGCAAACACGAGGAUUUCAUUAACGCUAUACGCUCAGCUAAGCAAGUGCAAGCACACCUGGCCGCAGGAGGCAAGCUCAGCGAUUUGCCGCCACCGCCGGUUAGCGAUAACUGCGAUUACAUUCAGUGCCCCCAUUGCGGAAGAAAAUUCAAUCAGGCAGCCGCCGAGCGUCACAUUCCCAAAUGCGAGCACAUGUUGCACAAUAAGCCGAUACACUCGCGAGCACCGAAACCAAGGCGCUAAUUCUCCCGGAGAAAACUAAACGAUUCUUUUGAAAGGGAACAGGAUAGAUGAAAGUGCCUCUGUUCUAAGGAAAACAAGUUCUAAAUAAGAGUUAAAACGAAAACGAAAGAGUAAAACUUUAUUGCAAGGGGAAUGUAUUGUAUGUAGUUAGUAACGAAGAGAUAAAAUUGUAAUGUAGAGAAAAUUUUAUACGAGCGUUAAUUGUGACAUUCUUACAAAAUUUUUAUAA